UUCGCUUGCAUAUUUUGCUUAUCGCUGGCAAAAUAACAUAUAUAAAUAAAUAAAAAAUCUCAGUAUGGAUUCUUAUAUUUAAUAAAUUAAUCAUGAAAAUAUGUGUAAAGGCUUUAAAAGACCAGAAAACCACACAGCUUGUUUUGGUAUGAUACUGAUUCAAUGUUAUUGUCAGUUCUUAUUCAAAACUGUGAGUACAGAGUGUGGUUCUCUCGGGCUGUCUAAGCAGUGUGAGAGUUUCCCCAUGAGCCAUUUUUUUUUCAGGAUGUUUCUAAUCCUCAGAGAGUCAAAUUCUUAAUCAUUCUUUACUGAUGAUCAAAUCUAGUCGUGGUUAGCAGUCCUUAAGGUUGCUUUGUGCUGCUUUCCCAGUCCCAAACAGAAGGGUGUCCCAUGCUCUGUGAGCAUUGUUUUAAGAGCAUUUUAAUGAUAUGUUUGUGAAUAUUCUGCUCUUCAGAGACCAGGCAGUUUACAUCACAAAAGUGAUAGCUUGCAAAAAAGGGAUGAAAAGAUUUCAACCUAACUUUAACAACAAAGACAUGAAAGGCAGGAAGAUGUGGGAGUACAGGGAGCGAAGAUGAAUAAUGAAUCUGGCAGUCUGUGUAUACGUAUAUGAGUUUGAGAGGAGUGAAUAAAAACAAAUGUUCUGACAAAGAUUGGAGACAGGACUUGAGCCAGGAGAAACCUGGAGAUCAACAAGUGCAAUGACAGAAGGACAAUGUAAAGAGAAAUUUUUUUAAAAAUUGUCACAAAAGAACGUCAAUAAACUACGCCUCAGGUGAAAUCCAGGGAACAAGUCAAGCGCCUUGGCAAGUAGCCCUAAGAGAGCAAAAACAAAAAGUUGAAUGACAAUUUAAUGUUCAUAUCUGAAGAGAGAAACAACAGAAACACUUAUCCACCUCUCAAGCAGAUACACCAGUCACAGGGAGACAUGACAGCAUGCUCAAAGCAGUGGCGUCUACGCCACAUUAAUUCAUAUGUGUUCCUCCUGGACAUGGCUGCCGUCACAGUCAUUUAGGAGAGAUUUAUCUGUGUCCCUCUCGUGGGCAGUCCUGUGACAUUUCCAUUUGUCACAUGACAGCAAAUCACUGGGCAAAUGUGGGGGCAGUGACGUUUCCAUUUUCUGUUGCCUCAGUGCAGAUUCUGAGCUGAACAUUACCUGAAACAUGGUGUCGAAAUGCUUAUCGUUCUGAUAAGCAGUGAAAAAUAGAGAGAGAGCAUGAGUAAAGACAGCGAGGCAAAGAGAUUUAGAAGAAAGAAAAAAAGAUGGUUAUGUAGGUUACGCAACUGGGUGGGAACGAAACCAAAGCGCAGACUCAAGUGUUUUGGCUGGCUGUAUGAUAGGAGAUGAUAGGGAACAGCGUGCAGACAGAUGGUAAGAAAAUGAAAGAAGAUGCUCAAGGUUGUCAAAGGUUAACUUAAAUAAACAUAAGCAGAGCAAGAAGAGAUAAAAGAAGUGAGUGACACAUAAGUAGCAGAUGGCUGCUGUGGCAGCACAGAGCUGUCAGGUAGGUUACUGCAUUUAAAAUGAAAAAUUAACCAAAGGGGUGGCCUAAAGGGUCACCAGUCACCGAUACGAGGAUUUAACGUGGAAGACUCUUGCUUUACAGAAGCACUAAAUAUACAGACACAUAAACUGGCAUGCAAGACAUAUGGGCAUCUCAAUAACUGGUCCUGGGUUGUGACAGUUAUUAAUAAAGCAAUAAAUUUUAGUGUUUAAAGCCCCUCCCUCAUCCACUCUAGGAUCAUUAGUUCCUACCUGAUAUUUGCAGACCAGCAGUUUAUUCAAUCAUGCUGCACCAGCUAAAGAGGAACACAUUCCUGUACUCUUCACUCUGUGGUACACUUCUAACAUAUUGGCAUGUUUUCUUUUCCCCUUAUUUGUUAUGAAUACAUUACUAACAGUAAUAUGUAUUAAUUUCGUUUUGUGUUCAUCACCCACUUCAGAUGUGUAAUGAUUUACAUAUAUUCGAGGUCCAGAAGGUCAUUCAUAUGGCCUUUGGUAUUCACUGGUUACCACUGGCCCUCAUUAGCACUGUUAGCCACUUCUGUUACCCUGACAUGAAGCCAGACAUAAGUGAUCAGAGGUAAUCAAGUCAUUAACAGGCAGGGGGAACAAUGAUUUUGCAUGUUUAUCAGUGGUAGGGGAAGUAAAAGGAGCACUCAAUCACAGGUAGAAAUGAACAUGUACGCAGGUAGGACAAGAAUGUCAGCUGGAUGCUGACUAAUACAAAGCUGUCUCCCACUGUGACAUCACUGCUCUGGCUAUAAUUAUUCAAUAGCCCUCUAGCACACAGAUAAAACAUUUACAUCCUCCCCCUUCAGGUGCUUCACAAACGUCUCCAUUUGUCUCUUUCACUGUCAAGGAAUGUGCGCACUGCGUUUCACACGAUUCUCCACAUGGAAGCAAAUUCUACACGAUUUUCUUAUGUUCAUUCCACAGCUCCCCUUCACCAUCACUGUUUAAUAAACAGAUUGUUUAUUUCAGACAUGCAGCCAUUGGAGCAUGAAAUUGAGAAAAAGGGAGCCUUACGCCCACAGUGUGUUACUGAUUCACUAAAUAACUGAGUAAAGCAAAAAAUACUGCAGCAGCUUGUUAGUGACCAUUUACAAUCAUUAGUCAGUGCUGGGAAACACAGACUAGCAAAAUAAUUGGCUGCAGUAGGUACAAGCAUCUCUGAAAUCUCAUAAAGUGUUGUAAACAAGUAUACCCCAAAGGUUCUUGCACAUAUGCUGGAGAUCCAGCCGUGGGUUCUCAGAGGUCAGGCUAUAUAAUUAUAGUUGGGGCUGAAUCCCAUAAAGUCGGCAGCGCUGGAGAUGAAUGACUGACCACACAGCACACAAGCAGUAUUGGUAUUUGAGCUGCAGUUUACAUCUCUGGAUGUUGACAAAUCAUCACCAGGAUCUGCUCCUUAUAGCAGCAUCAAGCAGCUUUUUCAUCAUCAGGACUACAUGUGCACUUCCUACAACAGUGGCAAAGGGCAAGCUUUAUGAAGAUGAAAGUAGUCAAAAUUGUUACUUUUGUCUGAGCUGCAUGGGUAUUUCAUUGAAGUUAAGUUGCAGACAGAGCCGAGAGGAAGCUAAUUCGGAUGAUGACACUGAUGCAAAGGAACGAAGUAGUUGGAGGUGAAGAUGGAGAGGGCAUGAGGGGAUGAGACACAGUCAAGCUUUGAAGCCCAGAAGGAGGUACAGUGUCAGUGUAAAUUGAGCGGGAGGAGGUAGAUAGAGAGUAAGGGGCCAAAAAGAAUAGGAAGAAUGAGAAAAAGGGAGUGAUGUAAGGGCUCAAACUAGAUCCUAUUCUGUGUGUGUGUGAGUAUGUGAAGGGGGGGGCAGAGAAAAAAAGUGCAGCGCAAAUGAGUAGUACGAAGAGAGAGGGAGGGGGGGCUGCACAGAGGCUCUGCGGGGAGAUCAACACAGCUGUGCAGAGAGACAGAGGGAGUUGCACAGAUAGUGGAACAACCAGCAGUAAGACACAAAGGACCAAAUAUUAGAUGCUUUAACGGUAGCCUGAAGACACACAGGGAUAUAUAAUCAGAAGUAAACAAGAAAGUGGACCAAUAUCAGCCACUGGCAACACUUGGGAUACAGGAAGGCAGAAGAGCACAGGAGGAAACAAAGGAGAGCUGAGAGAGAGCAGAAGAGUGACCAAGUGGAAAUAAAAAGGAGGACAUAAGAGCACGGCUGAGGCAGUCCUCAUCACAUCUCUCUGACCUCUGCCAGCUGAUCCAGGAUGUCUGCCAACCUGUUACUCAUCAUCCUCCUGACCUUUACGCAGGGGAGCUGUGCAUUCCAUAGCAACCACUGGGGUGAAUGGAACGACUCCCAGCUUCUGCCAACAAUACAAAAGCUCAUGAAAGGCUAUAACCGCUACCUCAGACCUAAUUUCAAUGAGGGCCCAGUGGAAAUUGGAAUGAGCCUUGAUAUCGCCAGCAUUGAUGCCAUCUCUGAAAUCAAUAUGGACUACACAGCGACAAUCUUCCUCCGUCAGCGCUGGCGUGAUGCUAGGCUGAUGUUCCCCGGUAAUGAGAGCGUGAGCGUGGACGGUCGCCUGGUGUCACUGCUCUGGAUCCCUGACACUUUCAUCCCAGACUCCAAGCGCUCCUUCCUGCACGAUGUCACCGUGGAAAAUCGCCUCAUACGCAUCUUCAGCAACGGAACUGUUCUCUAUGCUCUUCGCAUCACGGCUACGAUCGCCUGCAACAUGGAUCUGACUAAGUACCCUAUGGAUAGACAGGUGUGCACCCUUCAGCUGGAGAGCUGGGGGUAUAACCUACAGGAUGUGGUGUUCUACUGGACCAGAGGAAAUGAUUCAGUGAAGGGUUUGAACACACUGCGGCUGGCACAGUAUAGUGUGGAGAGCUACUACACAUCAGUGUCAGAGGCUGUGUACGAAACAGGAAAUUACCCCAAGCUGGUGCUGCAUUUUGCACUGCGCAGAAAUGUGCUCUUCUUCAUCUUGGAGACAUAUGUUCCCUCCAUUCUGUUGGUGGUUCUGUCCUGGGUCUCUUUCUGGAUCAGCCAGUCCUCUGUGCCAGCUAGGACCUGCAUUGGAGUGACAACAGUGCUGACGAUGACAACUCUGAUGAUGGGUGCCCGCACUUCCCUGCCCAAUGCCAACUGUUUUAUAAAGGCCAUAGAUGUUUAUUUGGGCAUCUGUUUCACCUUCAUUUUUGGUGCACUGUUGGAGUAUGCCUGCGCUCAUUUUUACACCAUGCAGCACCAGACCAUUGAGGAUUUAUAUCGGGACCUUCUGAGGGAGCUCAGCGAGUCUAAUGGAAAUGGCUCUAUCCCCAUCGUCAACUCCAGCCAACCAAAUCAGUCCGUGGAGAUCGGCUCCACCGCAGAGGACUCCACGGAGCAGUCAGCGAGCAGCGACACCAAGAACCACACAGGAACAAAAGAGAAGGCGCCAAAUCAGGGCUGCGGCUUGUCGUCAGUGAGAGACGCAUCACGUAAGGCGGCAUCUGUCUUCAUUGUGGAAAAUCCACACAACAUUGAUCGCUAUGCCCGCACAGUUUUCCCCACAGCAUUCCUCUUUGUCAAUAUCCUGUACUGGCUUUAUUAUCUCUUUCUGUAA